AUGCGCAAGUUUAAGUUCACGAUCAACAACCACUGUACCCGACAACGCCAUAAACCAACGACAAUGGCAACUGUACAAUUCCAUAUCCCAACAACCGAUGAGGGGAUCGCCCCGGACACAAAACAAGUGACAGGCAAUCCUCUUACCGACACUGAGAGAGAAUCCGAUGACCAUGUCCUCCAGAUAACAUUCGACCCCCACGUCCAAGCCGCCCGCCGCCGCAAAUCUUCCAUCGUAUCCGUCGAUGAGAUGGGGAAUCCCUUGCUCCCUAGAUUCCUCAAUAAUCAUGACAACAGCGACGAUGACAAGGGUAUCGGUGCUGGUACAAAGAGCAGUUGUUUUGUGCAUGCGUUGCUGGAAAUGCGGAAUCAGUUUGUUCCAGUGGGGGGUGGGAGUGGGAGUGGUGGGGAGGUGGAGGGGAAGGAGGGAGAUAGGGUUGUUGCGGCACAUAGAAAUCCGCCAUUUAUGACUAAGAGUGAACUAUCGGAUAUGGUUAUGGGGGUAAGGGAGUUGAGUAAGCAUUUAGCGAGUAUUCAGAUCAAGAUGAAUGUUCGCGCUAUUAUGAUCUUGACGAAGACUUAUGAUAAAGCACUGGUCGGGUAUACGAGGAGGUUGGUGGAGUGGUUGUUGGGCGGGGAGAGGGGGAGCAAGCACACUGUAUACGUCGAGGACGUCCUCAAAGAUGCACCAGAAUUCGAUAUGGAGGGGCUCGUAGAAAAGUGUCCCGGAUAUAAAUCCAGAUUACGUUUCUGGACCGCCGAGUUAUGUGCUAAGAGGCCACAUACUUUUAAUUUUGUCAUCACUCUUGGAGGCGAUGGCACAGUCCUUUACGCGAGUUGGCUGUUCCAGAAAGUUGUCCCGCCGGUGUUCUCCUUCGCUCUGGGGUCCCUGGGAUUCCUGACAAAGUUUGACUUCUGCACGUUCGAAGACACACUAUCUACUGCCAUACGGGAUGGUGUGACUGUUGGGCUACGCCUGCGCUUUGAGGGCACCAUCAUGCGCAGGGUAAAUAAUAACAAAGACUUUGACAGAAGCGAAGACAUUGCCAACGAGAUCUUCUCCGGAGCGGCACUCCACCCGCCGACUCAUACGGCAGGGGAGUCGUUUAUUGUAUUGAAUGAGAUUGUGGUGGAUAGGGGGCCUAAUGCUACUAUGUCUUCAACGGAGUUGUAUGGUGACAAUAUGCACUUGACGACGAUUCAGGCGGAUGGGGUUUGUAUUGCGACGCCGACCGGGUCGACAGCAUAUAAUCUUGCCGCUGGAGGUUCACUCUGCCACCCGGAGAUUCCGGCAAUUUUGGUCUCCCCGAUUUGUGCCCAUACUCUUACCUUCCGCCCUUUGAUACUGCCAGACUCGAUGGUUGUCCGCGUUGCUGUUCCGUGCGAUGCACGGACUACUGCUUGGGUAUCAUUUGAUGGGCGACAGAGGAUAGAAUUGAGCCAGGGUGACUACGUAAUGGUCUCGGCAUCCCGAUUCCCAUUCCCGGCGGUGCAGAGCAAGCCCGAUAACAAAGACUGGUUUGACUCGAUUCGACGAACGAUGAACUGGGGAUCCAGACCGAGACAACAAGCGUUUUCUUGAAUCUACGACACCAGGACGGUAGUUGAAAUGUUUUUUUUAUUCGGCUGCUAUGUGGUGCUUGGGAUAUGUUGGCCUGGGUGCGUUACCGGUUUUUUUCUUUGAUUUUCUGUACGGCUAGUACUAUAACGACUAAAUUUACUGGUACAGCUCUUUU